AUGGUGUUGACAGUUAUCCCCAUGCCAGGUAGCCGGAAGCGACAAGCUUCAAUGGAUCUUGACUAUCCAUCGAAGAGACAAGAGGGCCCCGAUAGCAUGAACCCUACCUUGUCAGACUCUGAGUCAACCCACAAUACAUUCAUGGACACAUCCAUCGCUUUGAUGUGCGACAAUCCCGACCAUUCCGUCUCCACUGAUACCUCUGUUGGGACACUUGGUUACCAAACUGCCCAAUUCUUUGCCUCCUGUUGCGCCAUUGCCCUUAGUCCUCUCUUAGCAACCUCAACCGAGAAUGGUGUUUCUUCUCUUUCGGAAUAG